AUGUCAUUCGAUAUUGAUUGGGAGAGCAUUGCGAAUGACACCAACAUAAAUUCCCAAUUGUUGCACUUUCUGAAUGACAAAUUCUCAUCAAUCGCACUUCCUGAUUACUUGAGUGGCCUGAAGGUGGUAAAAUUCUCUUUGGGACACAAAUCUCCCGAGCUCACAAUCAGAGAUAUAGAUCAGCCGUUUGAGGAGUUCUAUUCCGAAAUUGAGCCAAUCGCGCCGCCUAAGCCCAAACCAGUACCGGUUACACCUCUAAAAGCAUCUUCUAAAGCUCAGUUCGAUGUUUCUCGAAGCCCUUCUCCGGCGAGUGUGUUGGUUGGGGGUCUUUCGAGCCCGGUGGGAACUCCUCGCGGGUCUCUUUUGCUCCCACGAACUAACUCCUAUGGCCUGGGCCUAGGAGCAUUUGGUUUGCGGGAAAUCCACGAGGAACCCGAAUCUAAUCCUAUUCGGGAGCCAGAAAAGAAAGACACCCGGAGAUCAGACAACGAUAUACAGUUCAGUCUUGAUUUCAAACUUAACUCCGACAUAUACAUCGAGGUGGUUUGUAACCUACUAAUCAACUAUCCUACCCACGAAUUUAUCAAGCUCCCCGUUCGACUGAAGAUUACUGACCUCCAGAUCCACUCUCUGGCAGUGGUGGCAUACGUACAAAAGCAUGUGUUUAUUACCUUUUUAUGCGACAUCGACGAUGAGGAAACUGCCCAUGACUCAGCUGAGGAGACUCGUCAGGACUCGCGCAAGUCGUCGGUGUCCGAAAUACCACCCACGGUCCUCUCAUCGCGCGAUAGGAUAGACAUAAUUCGCAAUCUAAAAAUUGAAGGAGAACUCGGAAGUUAUCAAGACACUCCUUCUCUAAAUCAAGGCUCUAUUUUAAGAAAUAUUGGCAAGAUCGAGAAAUUCCUCGUUGGCGCAAUAAGACAUAUCCUAAUAGAAGAGCUGGCUUGGCCAAGCUGGAUCGAGCUGGACCUAACCGAAGAUUCUUAA